AUGGAUUAUUACAGAAAAUAUGCAGCUGUCAUUGUGGCCACACUGUUCAUGUUUCUGCAUGUCCUCCAUUCUUUUCCCGAUGGACAAUUUUCAACACAAGAUUGCCCAGAAUGCAAGCUGAAGGAAAAUAAAUACUUUUCCAAGUUGGGUGCCCCAAUUUAUCAGUGUAUGGGCUGCUGCUACUCCAAAGCAUACCCCACGCCAGCAAGAUCCAAGAAGACAAUGAUAGUACCAAAGAACAUCACUUCAGAGGCCGCUUGCUGUGUGGCCAAAGAAUUUACAAAGGCCACAGUAAUGGGGAAUACCAAAGUGGAGAACCAUACAGAGUGCCGAUGUAGUACCUGUUUUUAUCAUAAAUUUUGA